AUAUUUUAUCAUGUGCAUAUUCAGAUUUGAAGGCCGACACGCCGUUGUUUAGGUAGCCGUAGUAUUUUGUAACUUCUCUCAUUAAUAAACUUAGCUUACAAAAGGUUCAGUCAAUUGUUUUGUAUUUGGAUAACCAUGAUGGUCUUUCUCCAUCUGUUUGUUUUCGUCAUGUUCUUCGGAAUGAUUGAAGUUCAAGACUUCGGAUGGGUCUACGGAUGCCGAAACCGAGGCGGGGGAGGCGUCACCUGUUCAGAUUGCAGUGAUGGGUUUUAUAAUUUUAGGGAUGGUCAAUACAAUAGAUGUAAAAAAUGUCCGCCUAGGUGUACUGCGUGUCAUAACUAUAAUUCGGCCGUCAAUUGUGUUGCUUGCACCAACCCAAAUCGAUACGGAACGGACUGCAGUAAGAAUUGUAGCAAAGGAUGUCUUAACUCAACAUGUGACAAAACUUCCGGAGCAUGCUCAUGCAAAGACAACUAUAACGGCGAUCUUUGUGAUGAUUGCGCCGAAGGGAAGUAUGAAAUGGCUUCUGAUUGUGUGAUGGAUUGUCCGCAGAAUUGUAAUAGGUGUAUUUCGGAAACAAACUGUACAGAAUGCAAGACAGGCUUUUUUGGCAAUGUGUGUGAAUUCAAUUGCUCAAGAGGUUGCUAUUUGGACAAAUGUAGUAAAAGUAAUGGAACAUGCUAUCAGGAGAAAUGCAAACCAAACUUUGAUGGUAUUAAUUGUACAACUUGCUCCCCCAGGUUUCAUGGAACAUAUUGUCAAUUACCCUGUCCUGAAAGCUGUGUCGCAUGCUCCAGGAAUACAAGUUGUGAUGAUUGCCAGCAUGGUUACUGGGGAACUGCCUGCCAACACAAUUGUUCCAUUGGAUGCUACAAAAGCAGUUGCUUUAAAAAGACAGGUGUCUGCAUGUAUAGCAAAUGUAAAACAGGUUUUAUUGGGGAAAAGUGUGAUAUUUGCGUUUUAGGGAAGCACGGAAUGUACUGCAAUAUUACUGAAACAUUGAAUGGAAAUGGCUCAUCAGCAAUGAAGUUUACAGGACAUUCUUCAAAAUAUGCAGUCAUGAUGAUGGUCAUGACAUUGUUCAGGUUUAUUGUGUAAAUCAUUUAAAAAAAACAGUGAUGAUGUCAGAUGGAGCUCAAGAAAAAGGAAAGCACAUUCCGGUUCCUUGUAUUGCAUUGGUUUUCAAUCAAUAUACAUGUAUGU